AUGGCGUCUAUCCGGCAAUCGGCCUCGGUCGCUUCGGCCGUGUGCAAGCAGACUGUGAACCCUCGCGUUGCUCACUCCGUGGCCUCCGUUCCGACAUGUAGCCCGGCUGUUUCAUUAUCUUCCGCAACACGUCUUGCAUCCUCUCCCCUACUCCAAUCCUCACACCGACUGGCACCUCCUUCAUCGUAUUCUCCCUGCACCCGUCAAACCCGCACGUUCCUGACGCAACUCCGCCGCCAAGCGCAAGCACUGAAGGAGCAGCCCAUCUCUUCUAACCCGACUAUUCCCUCGAAGCCUAAGGCCCCUAAGCCUGCUCUCCAACUCACCAACCUCCCCUACUUCGUCCGCCGUACCGGAUCUAAUCAACUGCCCGUUUACCUCGUCACAAAAGCCGGCGGCACUAAGCAACUCACCAAGAUCCAAAAGACCGAGGGUGACCUGGAUACUUUGCGCAGUGACUUGGCAUACACUCUGGGCGUGGACCAGCGCAGCUCUGAUGUAUCUAUCAAUCGUUUGAACGGCCACAUCAUUGUGAAGGGCUGGCGCAAACCCGAGAUCGUGGCUUUUCUCCAGGAACGAAACUUCUAA